AUGCGGCGCGAGGGACGGCAGCGAGGGUGGGUGCGCGUGUACGACCGCUCCCUGGUCGACCCGGAGGGCAAGCGGCGCGCCGUGCACGCCGUCGACGGCCCGGUGGUGGCCAACGGCGGCUUCAUCAGGGCGCCCCGGAAGCCGACGAACCAGUCCAAGUCCGGCGGCCUCCGCGAGCUCGGCAGGGACGCCCUCGCGCAAGAGGAGGAGGAGCCGGAGCCGCAGCUCCAUCCGCCGCUGGGCGCCGGGUACUCCGGGUACUACUGCACGACGACGUGCCAGUCGCCGUUCAAGUUCGAGGCCGUGCCGUAUCAAUGGGAGUACGAUGCCUUCGCGCCCGAGGAGGUGCAGGCUCCUCGUCCGCCGCCGCCGCCGGCGCGGUUCGGGGGAAGAGCGGCGUGCAAGGGGAGCCGCAAGUUCAGGCACAGCGAGAUCAAGAUGUACUACCUCGACGCGGCCGAGGAUGUCGACGGGCGCCUCGAUUAUCUCUAUGACUUCGAUUCAUGA